CUCGUUCCCACCACGACGCCCCUUUUCCUCUUUAUUUAUUGCACACUAUCAGGGACCUUUUUCCAUAAGAAAUGUUAUUACCUCUUCGUGCUGGCGGCUCUAGUCGCCUGCACUCUGGUGCACCGCUGGCCCGGCACAGCAUGUGGUCCGCUGUACUUCACAUGCUGCUACUGCUGGCUGCUGUCUCCACAGUGUCGGGUAAACCGAUGUGGAAUGAAGUGAACAAGUAUCAGUCGAAUGGUGACCUCUGCCCGCCAAAGACGGACCAGUCAAGGGCGUGCCCUGCGGUUUGCGUGUACGAUCUUAGCAACUGUCCGAACGAGGCUGUUUGCCCCGACAACCAGCAGCUGUGUAAGGACGGAAAAUGCCACGACUCUUGCACCGCGGAAAUCGACGAGACUAACCCGUGCACGUGCGGCUGGGACUCUGGAAUCCUCCCGUCAGCGGCCAAGGACCUGGUCCCGUGCCCGCUGUUUGCCAAUGUCACCAUUGCCAACCUCUACUCGUUCAACUCGACCGACACGGUGUUUGACGCGUGCGUUGCCAGCGCCGAGCUCUCCAACAACAACGACUACGGAAUCUGGGGCUCCAACUGGCCGCAGCAGUCUGCCAGCGACUCUGGAUUCCUGGGUGUCUGGGCCAAGUGCCCGAAAAAGAAGCCGCAGCAUAUGUACACGUUCCGCGAGCCCAUGUGGAUUGCCACGUUUACAGUCCUGUUCGGCUAUGUUGGCCUGCUGGCCAUCUGGUAUGCCUUCAAGCUGUUCCGUGAGCGUGGUUUCCGCAGCUCACCCACAGACGAGGCGAGCAACUCUGCUGGCACAUCAGCCGAGAAGACUCAGCUCAAAUCGUCGGCCGGGUCGGAUGUCGGGUCGGAUGAGGACGACACAUCAUUUGACUCGGACAAUACGCGCUUGACCGGAUACCGCAACAACAUAUUUGGCACGGCUAUGACAUGGCUGCUUCUGGCGCUGGGAUUCGUGUGGCUGGUCUGGCUGUUUGUACUGACAACCGACUACUACGGCAGCCUCCCGCCGGGCAAGGCAAACAAGACAUCGUGUGUCCUGUCAUACAACGACUGCGUGCUGGGCAACCAGACGUUCAUCUUCCUGUGGUGCUUCUUCGUGUUCAUGAUCGUCACUGUGACUGUGUACCGGUUCCGCCUGCGUAACUUCUUCCGCCUGCGCGCCGCGCCGAUUGACGGACAUGUUGUGUGUGUCGAGCACCGUGUGGAGCCCCAGAUCAUGCUGCAGAGCGAGCGCAGCGUGCUGGUCGACAAUGUGCGUUACCUGGCCAAGAUCUUCAAGCGUUUUGUUGGCUGGGACUGGAACGUGGCAACGGUCCCGAUGAAGCUGACGGCUCAGGGCCGCAAGUACUUCACAUACCAGUGCACGCGCUUUGUGUAUGACGACGAGGCUGGCCAGUUUGCACCAUUCUCGUUCGAGCUAGGCCGUACCAACGCCGACUACGUUGCCAAGCACACCGGUCUGACGGCCGAGGAGGCCGAAUACCGCGCCGAGCUGCUGGGGUCCAACUUCAUCGAGGUGUCGGUUCCCAACUGGUUCUUCGCAUUCCUGCGCGAGAUCACCAGCUUCAUCUCGCUCUACCAGGUCCUGGCGCUCCUGCUGUUCUACUACGACUUCUACUGGCAGGUGGGCAUUGUCGACACCGGCAUUAUCCUACUAUCCAUGACCUUCAAGGUCGCUGUGCGCAAGCUGUCCGAGGAACGCCUCAAGCGCAUGGCCGAGCAGGACGAUCAGGUGCAUGUGCGUCGCAACGGCAACUGGGUGCAAAUAUCUUCACGUGAUCUUGUCCCAGGCGACGUCAUCCAGCUAACCACCGGCAUGCACAUGUCGUGCGACUGCAUUCUGAUUUCCGGAAAUGCCGUCGUCAACGAGUCCUCGCUGACUGGCGAGCCCCUGCCUGUGCGCAAGUUCCCGCUUCGCAACGACGACACCCCAUUCAGCGUCGAGGCCAACAAAAACAACCAGCUGUAUGCUGGCACUGUGAUCAGCCAGGUGCAGCCUGUCGGAAACUCGGCUGGUGACUUCCUGACCGACCAGCACGUGCUUGGGCUGGUGCACCGCACUGGUACUGCCUCCGACAAGGGUAAGCUUGUGCGCAAGAUCCUGUUCCCGCAGCCGCUGUCGUUUAUUUUCAACGAGCAGCUCAAGGUCGUCUUCGUCAUCCUGCUGAUAUACACUCUGGCCAUCUGCCUGACUUUUGCCAUCUACUUCUACCAGGGCUCGCCUGUGGCUACGUGGUUCUACUUCUCGUUCUGUGGAAUGCAGGCCAUCUCGCCGCUGCUGCCUGCCGGUCUGGUAGCUGGCCAGUCGAUGGCUGCGUAUCGGCUGAAGAAGAAGCGCAUAUUCUGUGUCGACCCACAGCGCAUCAUGAUGGCCGGCAAGGUGCAGAUCUUCUGCUUCGACAAGACCGGCACGCUGACCAAGGAGGGUCUGGAAUUCUACGGCGGCCAGUGCGUGGACGGCAAUGCUUUCCAAGGCUUCGAGAAUGCCUUGCCAAACACCAGUAUCCUGUUCCAGCAAGCCGUUGCCAGCUGCCAUGCUGUCACCGACCUUAACGGACAGCUUAUUGGAAAUCCAGUCGACAUUGAGCAGUUCCGGGCGUCAAAAUCUACCAUCGAUCCGGCCCCCAAGUACCUUGACACCAUCAUCCCUGCCGACGGCUCGUCCUUGGGCAAGCUGCAUGUCGUCCGCCGCUUCGAGUUUGUCCAUGCCCGCGCCUCGAUGUCAGUCGUUGUCAUGGAUGAAACGACUGGUAGGCUGCAUGUGUUUGUUAAGGGCUCGUUUGAGCGCAUCAAGCAGGCGGCUAGAUCUCCCUCGAUCCCUGCAGACUACGACAAGCAAUGCGCCAAUCUGGCUCGUGAGGGCUGCUAUGUUUUGUCGGUUGCACACAAGGAGCUGGACAUCACUCUGGAGAAGCUUAAGGAUCUGACCCAGGACGAAAUCGAGGACUGCUGUGAUUUGAUCGGACUGCUGGUAUUCAAGAACCUGCUCAAGGAGGAUACAGCCGAUGCUAUUGCUGAGCUCAAGCACGGGUCCACCCGCACAGUCAUGAUCACUGGCGACACUGCCCUCACUGGCGUGUACAUUGCGCGGCAGUGCGGUAUGGUCCCACCGAACAACAAGGUUCUGCUCGGCGAUAUCAACAAAAAGACACGCACAUUAGUAUGGACUGAUGUCGACACUGACGAGGAGGUGGCUGAUAUCGCACCGCUCACGAACGAGCUUGGCCCUGACGGGUAUCCGACCACCGAGCUGGCGCUGACUAGCGCUGCCUUCCAGCACAUGGAUUCGACCGGCGAGCUGGCACCUAUUCUGCUCAACACGCGUAUCUUUGCGCGCAUGAAGCCCAACGACAAGGUACGCUGCGUGCAGCUGCACAUGGGUCACGGUAUCACGGCUAUGUGUGGCGAUGGUGGCAACGACUGCGGGGCAUUGCGUGCUGCUCAUGUUGGCCUGGCUCUGUCGGAUGCUGAGGCAUCGAUUGUAUCGCCGUUCUCGUCCAGCAACCGCUCUAUCUUCUCGUGCGUGGAGCUUCUGAUCCAGAGCCGUGCCGGUCUGUCAACGUCGUUUGCCAACUAUCGCGCACUGAUUCUGUACGGCACCACAAUGACCAUGGGGAAGCUGAUCUCGUUCUACCACGCCGACUCCAUGUCACAGCCGAUCUGGAUGGUUAUUGAUUCGCUGAUUGCUACCAGCAUGGCCAUCACCGUCACGUUCCUGCCGCCGGCCAAGAAGCUCUCGCCCUUCCGUCCCACAGCGCGUCUUUUGGGCCCCGAAAUCAUGUCGUCUGUCAUUGGUGUCGUGGUGAUCAACUGGCUCUUCAUGGCGUGCGUGUGGGUGUGGACAUACCAGCAGCCGUGGUUCCGCUGUCACGAGUUUGACUCGUCGUCCUCGGACUUGAUGAAGUGGUAUCUGCUUGGUGACAACUACGAGGCAGCAAUCAUGACAUAUGUGCUGAUUUACCAGUUCAUGAACAACGGGUUCUUGGUCAACUACGGCUACCGCCACCGCCGGGCGUGGUACUAUAACCCGGCUCUGCUAGGCAUGUUUGCAUUGCUGCUGAUCAUGUUUUCGUACGCCGAGCUUGGUCCGCCCAGCCGUCUCUCGUGCACGUUCCGUCUAAACUGUGGCAACCCCGAUGCAAUCGUGGCCCAAGGCUACAAGCGCCCGACCUGGUCUAUCGAAGAGUACCAGAACCCAACUGGCCACAACAUCUUGCCUUCUGACUUCAAGUGGAAGUUGUGGGGCUAUUCACUCGGCAAUAUGGUCGCAGGCAACCUGUGGCAGAUCCUUGUAGUGUACGGUCCUGUCCGCGCAUGGCUGCAGAAGAAGAGGCCUUUGCGCCGUUUGAAGCUGAAGCUCUGAGCAAUUUCCAUUUCACACUUCGGCUUUUCACACUUCAGCCUUUCAUAAUUCGCUUAUUUCUUUUACUUUUGCUGGCUAGUGCGUGCUGUUAACCUUAGGAAUGGGACGAGUGUUUACGAGCGUGUAUGUGAGCUAAAAUCAAAAAUGAAACAAGAUUGACUGAAGGAAAAGGGGAGGGUCCGGUCGGCCUGAGGU